AUGUGGACGCGCAAGACCAUGGCCGCCAUCGUCGCCGACGAGGCAAGCGCCAAGCUCACUCGCCAACUGCGUCUAGUCGACUUGAUUGCCAUUGGCAUCGGUGGCACCGUGGGCUCGGGUGUAUUUGCGACGACGGGGCUCAUCAUUGCGCACUCGGCCGGGCCCGCCGCGGUUAUCAGCUGGGUCAUCGGUGGCCUCGUGUGCCUUCUCAACGGCGUUGCGUACAUGGAGCUAAGCUGUCUCGUACCAAGCUCUGGUAGCACCUACGCGUACGCGUAUCACGCGCUUGGUGAGCUUCCCGCGGCCGUCGCUGGGUGGCUUCUUUGCUUGGAGUACGGCAUUUCGGGCGCCGGCGUCGCGCGCAGCUGGGGCACCAAGGUCCAAGCCUACUGCGAAACGACGUUUGCACCCCGCACGUUUACUUGGCUCAACGAAGACUACUACAGCAUUGCGUCCGUGCUCGUGGAGAGCGCGUCCGUCAUCAUUGUGCUCCUCGGUGUCCCCGUCGGCACGCGCUUUGUGAAUGUCAUGACGACGGCCAAGGUGCUCCUCGUCCUCUUCAUCAUCUGCGCAAGCUUGUCCGUCUUUACAAUCUCCAACGUGACGCCGUUCUUGCCGCCACGCAAUGCCAGCAGCCAAUCGUACGGGCCACAAGGUCUCGUCGUCGGCGUAACCCAGGCGUUCUUUGGCUACAUUGGUUUUGACGAGGUGUGCUGCCUCGCCGCCGAGGCUUCGGACCCACGAACGGCCGUGCCAAGAGCCGUUCUCGGUACGAUACUCGGAACGAUGGUGCUAAGUGCCAUGGCGUCGCUGGCGCUCGCCGGGAUGCAGCCGUGUGCAAACGUCGUCGACUUUGCGUCGGCGUUCGAAGCCCACGGGAUGGUGACGACAGCGCACAUCGUUCGCGUCGGCGAACUACUCACGAUGCCGGUCGUCGUCUUUGUGAGUUUUCUCGCGCAGCCGCGCGUGACGUACGCAAUGGCCACCGAUGGCCUUCUGCCGCCCAUCUUUGCGCGCGUCGACGGCGACGGGCGGCUUCGUGAUGGCACGCUACUCACUGGCGGCGUCUGCACACUUCUCGCGUUUUGCGUGCCGUUUGAGCACCUCUGGGAGAUCAUCAGCUUUGCCAUUCUGAUCGCGUUCAACCUUGCCAACGCAUCUGUCCUGCUCUUGCGUGUCGACGACGCGCGUCACGUCGAUGUGGCAAGGACCGUGUGGGCGCUUUUGGGCUGUUCGGGCCUCGGGAUGUUUGCAUUCCAAUAUGGCCUCGGCCAGGACAAUGCUGUAUGUCUUGUGGUGGCGGUGCUGCUCUUGGCGGGUGCAAUCGUAGCGACGGCGCGCCUUGUCCACCCCGAGCCGCGUAAAGACACGUCCAUUUACCGUGCUCCAUGGUUACCGUGGCUCCCCGCACUCGCAACGACGCUCAACUGGUUCCUCCUCGCGCAGAUGACGAGAGAAACGAUCGUUCUCGGAUGUCUUUGGAUGCUUGUCGGUGCGGGCAUCUACUUUGCGCACGGCGCGCGCUACAGCGUCCACCACCAGACGCGUGUUUGUGUUGACGAGUCGUACGGCCUUGUGCGUGCAUCCACCAAGGCUAAAGAACCUGUCACAGACCAAACGCGCGUCCAUCUCAGAAUCUAG